UUUGCAAACAUUACACACUUAUUAUUUAUCCUAUUGAAUAAACACUUGAUUACUAACAUGGGAAAUUGCAUUAGAAAAAACCAAAUAUCAUCAAAGCAAGAUGAGAAUGAAGACAUCAAGAGAGUUAUGAAAAUGAAAACACCACCAAGGAGAGAAGAAGAUAGCUUGAAGAAGAAGGUAAGUGAUUCUUCCAUUAUGAGGAUUAAGCUUGUAGUGAGCAAGGAAGAAUUGAAAAGGGUGUUGAGCAAUAAGAAUAUUAUGAAUGGUGUUAAGAACACUUCUUUGGAGGAGUUGCUAAAUGAUAUCAAAUUGAAAGAAAAAAGUGUGGCUAAGGUUGAAGAAAUUGAUGGAGGGUUAAAUUGUUGGAGACCAGAUUUAGAUAGCAUUCCAGAGGAUUACUCCAUGAAGUAGGUUGUUUUUAUGUAUUUGUUAUUAUCAUAAUUCAUAAGCAAUCCUAUUGUAAAUGAAAACAAUGUUUUUCUUUUAUUUAAUAGUGUAUUGAAUUCUAUAUGAAUUAAGUAGGUUCCAUUUAACUAGUGUAGUAAAAAUGUAAAAUUUAAUUAUGCUUGUGAACCAUAGUGUGGUUGUAUGAGAUAGUUAUAUGAUCUCCAUA